GGGAGGGAGAGAGGCGGCGGCGGCGGCGGCGGGAGGUCCCCGCAGCCUCUCUGUGCUGCACGCAGCCCGCCGCCACCGCUGCACGGCAGCAGCUGCUCCACGGCGGAGUUGCUGCCCUCCAGCAGUUCCGCUCCGGUUCUCAGCGAGGAGGGAGGUGUAGGAAGAAGGGCUUUAUUUCGAGGGGAUGCUGAGAAAGCCGUUCCCUCCUGUAGCACGUUGCCUGGGCGUUCCUAUUAUGGAAGUUAAGUGAGAAACUCUGCAGCUUGAACUGAUUUGGGGGGGAGAGAGAGAGAGAGAAAAGAAAGGGGUAGGACGAGGGGAGAGGAAAGCAAAAUAGCCAAAUCAAACCAAUGGUUUUCCUGCAAAGUGCCAGGAAGUUUGCGGAACACUUUCUAGGAAUCAGGUCCUUUCUCAGAGCCUCUCCUUGUCUUCCGAAGAAAGAGCUUGCUUUUGGAUUGCCAUGGAGCCUAAAGAGAGCCUUAGACACACUUGAAUAAUUCCUCAGCUUGGGCUGGAUUGGUGGUAAUUUAGGAAGGAGCGCGUGUGCUAAGCAGAAGCUUUCGGAGCUCGCUGCCUGCUCUAAUCUGUAUGGAUCUAAAAGUGUCACAUUCAAGACCUUUCCAUCUGCAGCUUUUGAUUGCAAGAUUUCCCUUUCCGCUUUAAGCGGCUGCUAGGAAACUGAAAACUUUUGGACCUACCUCUCGCUAUCUUUGGAUACUUUUUUUUCUUUUUUUUUUCUUUUUUUUUUUUUUUUUGUUUGGAUCUCUGUGGAAUUGCUCUCGAAAACGAUCGGGAUUGCUUUUAAUAUGUCAAAAUGGGUCUGCUGACGCCACUCCUGCUCUUUGGAUUUGCAUUUUUUCAAGUCUACGGAUCCCGUCUCCGCCAGGAGGACUUUCCACCGCGGAUUGUUGAGCAUCCUUCAGAUGUGAUAGUCUCUAAAGGAGAACCAACAACCCUGAACUGUAAAGCUGAAGGACGGCCAACUCCUACUAUUGAAUGGUACAAAGAUGGAGAGCGAGUGGAAACUGACAAAGAUGAUCCUCGCUCCCACCGUAUGCUGCUGCCUAGCGGAUCUUUAUUUUUCUUACGUAUUGUGCAUGGACGCAGGAGUAAACCUGAUGAAGGAAGUUAUGUUUGCGUAGCAAGGAACUAUCUUGGAGAAGCUGUGAGUCGCAAUGCAUCUCUGGAAGUGGCAUUGCUACGAGAUGACUUCCGCCAAAACCCUACAGAUGUUGUAGUGGCAGCUGGAGAACCUGCAAUACUGGAGUGUCAGCCACCUCGUGGACACCCUGAGCCUACCAUCUACUGGAAAAAAGAUAAAGUCCGUAUUGAUGACAGGGAAGAGCGGAUCAGUAUACGUGGUGGGAAGCUAAUGAUCUCCAACACACGAAAAAGUGAUGCUGGCAUGUACACUUGCGUUGGAACCAACAUGGUGGGGGAACGAGACAGUGAUCCAGCAGAGCUGACUGUCUUUGAGCGGCCCACGUUUCUCAGGAGACCAAUCAACCAGGUGGUGCUGGAGGAGGAGGCCGUGGAUUUCCGGUGCCAGGUGCAGGGGGACCCGCAGCCGACAGUCCGCUGGAAGAAGGAUGACGCAGACCUGCCAAGAGGAAGAUAUGACAUUAAAGAUGACUACACUUUGCGCAUCAAGAAGGCUAUGAGCACAGAUGAAGGCACCUACACGUGCAUUGCUGAGAAUCGAGUUGGAAAAGUGGAAGCAUCUGCUACCCUUACUGUGCGAGCUCGCCCCGUUGCUCCCCCACAGUUUGUGGUGAGACCACGAGAUCAGAUUGUAGCCCAGGGUCGAACUGUGACUUUUCCUUGUGAAACUAAAGGAAAUCCCCAGCCAGCUGUUUUUUGGCAAAAAGAAGGAAGCCAGAAUCUGCUCUUCCCAAACCAGCCUCUCCAACCCAACAGUAGAUACUCAGUAUCACCAACUGGAGACCUCACUAUUACCAACAUUCAACGGUCUGAUGCAGGCUACUACAUUUGUCAAGCACUGACGGUUGCUGGAAGCAUUUUAGCAAAGGCUCAGCUGGAGGUUACUGAUGUCUUGACAGAUAGACCUCCACCCAUCAUCCUCCAGGGGCCUGUCAAUCAGACGCUGGCAGUGGACGGAACAGCUCUGCUGAAGUGCAAGGCUACUGGUGACCCACUUCCUGUUAUCAGCUGGUUAAAAGAAGGCUUCACUUUUCUGGGCAGAGACCCUCGAACAUCCAUACAGGAUCAGGGGACCCUUCAGAUUAAAACUCUGCGGCUGUCUGAUACUGGAACUUACACUUGUGUUGCAACAAGUUCAAGUGGGGAGACAUCAUGGAGUGCUGUUCUGGAUGUGACAGAGUUGGGUGGAGCAACAGUCAGUAAAAAUUAUGACAUAAAUGACCUCCCUGGACCACCAUCCAAACCUCAGGUCACUGAUGUUACUAAGAACAGUGUCACCCUGUCCUGGCAACCAGGGACCCCUGGAAGCCUACCAGCUAGUGCAUAUAUCAUUGAGGCUUUUAGUCAAUCUGUGAGCAAUAGUUGGCAAACAGUGGCUAACCAUGUGAAGACCACUCUCUACACUGUGAGAGGACUGCGUCCCAAUACCAUCUAUCUGUUUAUGGUGAGAGCUAUCAAUUCACAAGGUCUGAGUGAUCCCAGCCCUAUGUCAGAUCCUGUUCGAACACAAGAUAUCAGUCCACCAGCACAAGGUGUGGAUCACAGGCAAGUCCAGAAGGAACUGGGAGACGUCAUUGUACGACUGCAUAACCCUGUUGUGCUGACACCCACAACAGUUCAAGUUACCUGGACAGUUGACCGUCAAUCGCAGUUUAUUCAGGGCUACCGAGUAAUGUAUCGCCAAACGUCUGGCCUACCUUCUCCAGCUGUAUGGCAGAAUUUGGAGGUCAAAGUCCCAACAGAGCGCAGUGCUGUUCUAGUCAACUUGAAAAAAGGAGUCACUUAUGAAAUUAAAGUUCGCCCGUACUUCAAUGAAUUUCAAGGAAUGGACAGUGAAUCAAAGUCUGCUCGUACCACAGAGGAAGCUCCAAGUGCCCCUCCUCAGUCUGUUACUGUCCUGACAGUUGGAAAUCACAACAGCACAAGCAUCAGCAUCUCCUGGGAUCCUCCCCCUCCAGAUCACCAAAAUGGAAUCAUCCAGGAGUACAAGAUCUGGUGUCUAGGUAAUGAGACUCGAUUUCAUAUCAACAAAACAGUAGAUGCAGCCAUUCGGUCUGUAGUAAUAGGUGGCCUGUAUCCAGGUAUUCAGUACCGUGUAGAAGUUGCUGCCAGCACCAGUGCAGGUGUGGGAGUGAAAAGUGAGCCACAACCCAUAAUAAUUGGAGGCCGUAACGAAGUUGUCAUCACUGAAAAUAACAACAGCAUAACUGAGCAAAUCACUGAUGUUGUCAAACAGCCUGCCUUUAUAGCUGGCAUCGGUGGUGCAUGUUGGGUAAUUCUGAUGGGUUUCAGCAUCUGGCUGUACUGGCGCAGAAAGAAGAGGAAGGGGCUCAGUAAUUAUGCUGUUCAGUCCUUCACCUUCACCCCUGCAGUCACAUUCCAAAGAGGAGAUGGAGGACUAAUGAGCAAUGGAAGUCGACCAGGUUUGUUGAAUGCAAGUGACCCCAGUUAUCCUUGGCUUGCAGACUCUUGGCCUGCCACAAGUCUGCCAGUUAACAACAGCUCUAGUGGACCCAAUGACCUUGCCAAUUUCAGUCGUGGAGAUGUGUUGCCACCAGUGCCAGGACAAGGAGAUAAAACUGCUACUAUGCUUUCUGAUGGAGCCAUUUACAGCAGCAUUGACUUCACGACAAAAACUAGUUACAACAGUUCCAGCCAAAUAACGCAAGCUACACCAUAUGCCACCACCCAGAUACUGCAUUCCAACAGCAUCCAUGAGUUGGCAGUCGACUUACCUGAUCCUCAGUGGAAAAGCUCAAUUCAGCAAAAAAAUGACCUGAUGGGAUUUGGCUACUCUCUCCCAGACCAAGGCAAAGGCAACAAUGCCUUGCUUUACAUCCCUGACUACCGCGUGGCUGAGGGAUUGGCUAAUAGAUUGCCACACAACCAGUCACAGGAUUUCAGCACCACCAGCUCCCACAACAGCUCCGAAAGGAGUGGCAGCCUCUCAGGUGGCAAAGGAGGGAAAAAGAAGAAAAGCAAAAAUACUGCCAAGCCUCAGAAAAGUAAUGGUUCAAACUGGGCCAGUGUUCCCCUCCCACCCCCUCCUGUGCAGCCGCUUCCAGGCACAGAGCUGGAACACUACGGGGUGGAUCAACAAGAAGCAGGAUAUGACAGUGAUGGUUGGUGUCCACCCUUGCCUGUUCAGACCUACCUCCAUCAGGGCAUGGAGGAUGAGCUUGAAGAAGAUGAUGAUCGUGUUCCCACACCUCCUGUGCGAGGAGUAGCUUCAUCACCUGCGAUCUCCUUUGGGCAACAAUCAACUGCAACCCUCACGCCUUCUCCGCGAGAGGAGAUGCAGCCAAUGCUUCAAGCCCACCUCGAUGAAUUAACCAGGGCCUACCAGUUUGAUAUAGCAAAGCAGACAUGGCACAUCCAAAGCAAUACACAACCUCCUCAGGCUCCAGUUCCACCCCUAGGAUAUGUAUCUGGAAACCUUAUUUCAGACUUGGAAACAGACGUUCCAGAUGAUGAUGAGGAUGAUAUUGAAGAAGAAACUCUAGAAAUCAAUAGGCCACUGAGAGGUCUAGAGCAUACUCCAGGCUCCAGUAUGGACAAUCUAGACAGCUCUGUGACAGGUUCAAUGGUAAAUGGAUGGGGUUCUGCGUCUGAUGAGGACCGUAACUUUUCUAGUCAUAGAUCUAGUGUAGGUAGCUCCUCAGAUGACUCGAUCUUUACCAGCGGCAGUUUUGCACAAGCACUGGUUGCAGCAGCAGAUAAAGCUGGUUUUAGGCUGGAUGGAACCAGCCUGACAAGAACAGGCAAAGCAUAUCCUUCCUCUCAGAGACCUCGGCCAAGCAGUCCUUUUUCUACUGACAGCAACACCAGUGCAGCUGUCACUCAGAGUCAGAGGCCGAGGCCCACUAAAAAACACAAGGGAGGCCGGUUGGACCAACCCCCCUUGCCUCAUCGUAGGGAAGGAAUAACAGAUGAUCUUCCACCACCACCUGACCCACCGCCUGGUCAGGGUUUAAGGCAGCAAAUAGGCUCGGGCCAGCGCGGAGGCUCGGCAGAGAGGAAAGGAAGCUCUCUUGAGAGGCAGCAUGCACCCAGCGUAGAUGACACAAAGAGCUCCUUGGACCGGCAAGCUAGGACGUCACUAGAGUGGCAGCGGCAAACCCAAGAGUGGAUAAGCUCUGCAGAACGCCAAGAGGAUUUCAGGAAAGCCCAACACAAGCAAGCAUUCGGAUCAGAAGAGGCACUGGUACCAUACAGUAAACCCAACUUCCCAUCCCCUGGUGGCCACAGCUCUUCAGGAACAGCUUCUUCUAAAGGAUCGACUGGACCUAGAAAAGGUGAAGUCUUUCGAGGAGGUCACCAACGCAAUGCCAGUGACCUUCUUGAUGUAGGCUAUUUGGGAUCAAACAGUCAAGGACAGUUUACUGGUGAAUUAUAGUAGUUGAGAAGACACAUUGCAAGCUGCUCUGAUGGGCCAUCAGGGCUGAACUCAUGGAAGUGAUGACACUAAACAGUGCAAUGAACAUUUUCUUUAUUUAUGUACUAUUAAAAGAACUGUAAAUGCAAUGUAAAGACACACAGCCACACAUAUCCCACAGAUACUUGUGUUCUUCUCUUUAUACACCAUCCACCUUAAAAUAUUCCUUGUCAGGAGUAUAAAAAAAGAAAAAAAAAUAAAAAAAAAUCACCCUCCAGGAUGAAAAGAAUUUCCUUCUGUAUAUAAUUUCUUUUGUUGCAUUGCUAUGCAAGUUCACCUUCUUUUUAGCUAUGUUCAUAUUCAUGUCUGUUUUUAUUGGUCUGUUGUAUUAUAUGUGAAUUAAUAGGCUGUGGUGCCAUAUAUUAACUUUUAAUUGUGUAACUUUUAUGUUUAAAGUUUGCACUGCAAUUUUAUUUGGUGAUAAGCACAAAACCCUACUCCUCAUGACAUGAAGAAAAAAAGAGACUGAAUGUGUGAAGAAGGUUUACGUACUGUAAGCUACUUUGGAUAAUGCUGGAUGUAAAAGAAGUAUGUUAGGUGGUUUUCCAUUGGGGCGUAGAAAUUAGAAAGUGACAGGCAAAACUGAUGUCAGUGAAGACAUUAGAAACAGAUUUAAAUCUCUUAAAAGCAGACAACAUGGUUACUCUUCCUAUUUAAGAAGGGGUCAGAAGUUGGAAGUUUGAGUUUAAAGAGUGAAUAUGAAAAUUAACAGUAGCAUGAGAUGGCCUAGACCCUUCCACUAGAAUGAUUCCCUUAGUAUCUGUUUUUAGCCAUCCAGUGCCAUUAAGUAAAGGUAAAGAAAAACAAACCUUGCUACAAACAAAAGAAAUUAAGGUGUUUCACUAAAGCUGUUUUAUAUUGCAGUUUUGAAAGAAUUAUUAUCAUUAAUUUCUGCAGCCCAAAAAAUAAGUCAGAAAUUUCCCAGAAGACUGUAAACUCAAGGAAUAUCUAGUGAGUAGUUCAGGAUGCAAUUUAUUAUUACAACAUAUUCAGGCUGCUUCUGAAAAAAACUAAAUGUCAGAGUAUCUUAUUUCAUCUUUCCAAUACAUGUACAGUACAAUAGUAAAUAGAGCUGCACCACUGAAAUUCAUGACAUUAAUUGUUUUGAUGCAGUCUAGACUUUGUGUUCUGUUACCUGAAGUCUGUGAGAGCUGAAGCUGAUUUCAGUUAAAUUUUUAGUGUUUGGAAGGACAGUAACAGUCAAAUUAUUGUUUUUAGAUUUUUUUUUUUUUUUUUUUUUUUGUGAUGCAAUACAUUCAAAAAGUUGGAUACAAGCAAAGAAAAUCUUUGAACUGUUUUUUUAGUGAGUGGCUUCACACCCUACUAUAAUGAGGAAAUAAUGCAUGUUUAUACACUUUUUGAAUAAACCAAAGUCUGUAAGUGGACAUUAAUGACAACAUCCCGUCUCUUCAUUAGUUUUCAUGACUUCGUCCAAAUCUUCUGUACCUCUCAAAUCUCAAUGAUUGAACUGUCAAACUUUUCUUAGAAUGUUGUAUAUAGGUAUCGCCCUCAUUUGCUUAAUUUAAAUAUUGCAUCCUACAGCUUAUUUCUGUUAGUCUAUUUCUGACCAUGAAUAUUUUUCCAUUUGAAUACCCUUUUCAUAUAAUCAGUCUAUGUUGUUUUAUAUAUUGCCUUGGAGCUCACCAGUAUUAAGGACACUUUUAGUAAUGGCAGAAUUUUAGAAGAGUAAAUUUCAAUGCUGAAUAUGUGUUGCUUUUCAUGUCAUUAACUUCUUCCAUGAUAAGAUAAAACACGACAGCCAAUAGCUAUAACUCAGCACUAUCAAAUAUAUAUAUAUAUAUAAAAAAAAAGGUAGUUAACUUCCUUAAGUUCAAGACUGUUAUUUAGCAGGUUACAAAUCAAAAAAAGUUGAGAGAAAUGAAUGCAUUUAUCUAUGUAAGUGAUAUAUAAGUGACUAAUGAGUAUAUGUAACUUUCCUGCUUGUUAAAUCAUUAUAGUUUAAACCAUUAUUUAAAAAUGUGCAAAAUUGUUCAAUCAAGAUAAAGAAGGCAUCAUAUAUACAUAUGUAUUGGUUUUUUACUUUGUUUUUAUCAUAUGAAGAGAAGAUUAUUCAGGUUACAACUCAAAUUGAAUUCUCUGGAAAAAAAAAAAAAUGUAACUAGUCACCAAUGGAAUAGUUCUGUUAAUUUGAAAGCUUGUGCUGAGCUUUGGUGGAACACCUUACUCACUAUAUCCUAUUUAAAAUUCAGUAUCAUUAGAACUUGAUGAAGCCAUCCCAAUUACUUUCAAAUAUGUGUUUUAUCUCUUCCACUGGAAAGUAAAUGUGUGUCAGUAUUAAAGCUGUGCAGUACCAUGAUAUUCACUAACUUGUCCAUCUGCUUCUGUACAUUUUUGUUCAUUAAUAAUUUGCUUACAAUAUUACAUAAAGUGUUCUUGUGUAUCGCAAAGUGUCUCCAUUAUCUUACAGGUGAUGUCUCUUCUUUUUCUCUCUCUUUUCUAUACAGUGUACUUCCAAUGAACCACAGUACAUAUUUUUUAAAAUGCCAUUUAAUUUACUAUUUUAAAAGAAGAAUUCUUCUUUUUUUAAAAAAAAAUGGAAAACAUUUAUUGUGAAUAAUGUGUUUAAAGAAAAGGGAUGUUGUGGCAGCACUUAGAAUUGUUUUUUAAUUUGUUUUUAAAAAAAUAUUUAUUGGCUACAGUUUGUUCACAAAAAAGUAUGACCUCUUAAUGUGUUUCAUUGGUAUUGUUAGUGCAGCAAAGUUUAAUUGGCAUAAAAAGUUGGUUAAUAGUCCUGUUGAAGUGUGUAUUGUAUAUUUACUGGGGAAAAAAAAAUAAAACAUAUUCACAUUUCAAAUCUAUGUUAAAAUACCUUGAGUAAGGAGUCAAUAUGUGAAAAUCCAAACUGGUAACAAUCAGGCAAUAAUAACAUAGACUGAGCUAUAAUCAUCACUGUCCACUUACAGGUAACAAGGAUCAUUUUGUACUCUGUUUUUUGAACUGUGUUAAUAGCUGUCUUAUAAAUAGCUCAAUGGGAAACAUCAUCUGCCAUAGGGAUUUCUCAUGAAGCUCCUCUCCAUGUUGGGAAUAGUUGUACCAAUGUAAUUACACUGAUACAGCUAUUCUAGUGAUACAGCCUCCAUUUGUAGACAUACUAUGUCAGUGUGUACAGUAAGGGCUGCAAACACAUGGCGUACCUUGCUUAAAGCCCAUAAUCUAGUGCAUAUAUACAACCCUGCGUUCAGUAGUUCAGAACCCCCUGACCUGGGGUUUUGUACUGGUGGAGCUACUGCCAACCCAGAAUAGGGUAUCCCCAGGAUGUAAACAUAGAUUCUGGAUCAAAUUUUCUCAAUCUUUGCUUGAACAUAUGCUUAAUUUUAAAUGCAGGAAGGCUGAAGAAUCAAUUAAUAAAUUGUUCCAUGUACUUCAGUGGUGUAUUGCUGCCAUAUCAGUGAUGCAAACAGACAUUUAUUUUUUGUUAUUUAAUGUUUCUCAAGUCCUUAUCCAGGUCAGUUAACCUUUUGAGUAAAUUUUUGCUCUCACCUGAAAUACCAGAGAAACAGCAUUCCCUGAAAAAAAAAAAAAAAAAAAAAAAAAAAAAAAAGGAAUGUUUUAAGUAUAUUGAUUUAACAAUAAGCCAAUGUAAAAGGAAGACAUGACUGUUUAAAAUAAUACUGUGCUGGCUUAUGCAUUGCCAGUCAGGAGAAAAGAUGUGUUCUAAGGCUGGGAAAGAGUCCUCACGACUGACAGGAAAGAUGCUCAGGUUGGGGGAGAUUCUGGCAGGAACUUUUUAAAAUACAGGCAACUCUUGAAUUUUCUACAAUUUAUGCACUGUUGGUUUUGUUGUUGUUGUUGUUGUAUGUUUGUUUUUAUGAUUAAUGAUUUUUGGGAAAUUUAGCAGGGGAGCUAGAAGGAAAAAAAAAUGUUGGCUAGCAAGCAGUCUUUGGCCGUCAAGGCUCUGCACACAUUGUACAGAAGAGUGGUGGCAUCCAACCACUUUGCUCUUUCUACCUUGUUUCCCAGCUUUUGUUAGACUGACCUCUCACCCUGCCAACUGCUUCCAAACCCAAAAUAAUAGCUAUGGCUUAAAGAUAUCUGGUAGGACCCAGAGGAGAUGUAGGGCUGAGCCUGUGUGCUGUGAAUGUGGACAGUUACUGGGCGUGUGGGGAGAGCUACCUCUGAGCUCUGGCAUUGAUGCAAGAACUGUCUUGCUCUCUGCCUCUAUUUGACUGUGCAGCUACAUCCAGGAAAAGCUCAGCUCUUGCUGUCUAGAGCAUGCCACAGUAUAGCAGUGUCUUUUCUAAUUUGUGACUCCUCAUUCAGUCAUUACAGACCAUCCCAGAUCCAAUGCCUGCCUCACACCACACGACCCAAGGACUGAAAUUGCAUAUGCUGACAUUUAGGCCAGUGAAGUUGUUAUUCCAAUCUAUGCAGCAGAAUGAAAAAAAAAAAAAGGAAAAAAAAAAAAAAAAACUUGUCACUUCAGCAUGAACCUUUUAAAACAGUCCUCACAAAAAUCAUAGAAAACAAAGCAUUUGAGAUGUAUGUGUUUGAUUUUGUUUUGAUUUUAUUUCAUUUUCUUGGGUAUCUUUUCUUAGCUACCACUGGACUUUCUUUUUCACAAGCUGCUAAACUCUUCCUCCCCCAUUCUCUAGCACUGAAUAAGUUAUGACGUUAGAGAAUACUUACAUUUGUGUAAUUUCUGUGUUACAACUAUCAACAGCAAGGUCCACAGUUGCAUUCACUUCAAUUGGUCAAAGCCAGAUAGGGAAUUAAAUGUUUGGGAUUUUUUUUUUCUAAAAAGGCCUGCAGCUAUUUGUGCCAACAUUUGCUCCCCAUUUGUGCUGAUCAGUGCACCUUUUGCCUUCAAGGAUGCCAUUAGUAAUUCUUGUUUGCGUUCAAAAGCAGGAAUCCAUUGUGCAGCACUUGGAGAACUACUCAGAUGCAGGUAAAGAAUAUAACAGCUUGAGCAAGUGCUAAUUAGAGCCAAUUAAACUUAAUUGACCUCCUUUGGCAGAAAAAAAAAAAAAAAAAAAAGUAGAAUAGAACUUGCUCUGUCCUUGCAAAAUGGAGAUCUUGCCUCUAAGCACGAGUGUGAAGCUCAGUUUCAUGUAUCAGGCUGUAGCAAUUACAUGAGUAUAACAACCAGGAAGAGGCUCACUCCAAUUUUUUUUCUAGUGACCGAGCUCUGCCCUAUUAAAGUACUGCAAUAAAAGUAAGAUUUCUGGUUCACUCUAUUUAAAAACUUAAUUUUUACAGAGCAAAUGAGCAUCCCAAGAUGCUAAUGCUAAUCUCUAGGAAUGAAUUGGCAGAAAAAUACAGGAUCUUUUUUGUAGGUAAGUAAUGGCGUGAGCACAAAGAGGUGAUUCUACACCUGCAAGUUGGAAACAGCUCUGCAGGGAGGCUGUGUCUGUGCUGUUCAGUAGGUGCAUGCCACAGUGUGCCUGGAUCAGUGCCUUGCACAUCUGCCUACAGUUCAGCACUGCUCCCACUGUACCUUCCCUUGAGGUGUCCUUCUGUAGACUUCUACUGGGAGAGGGCUCACCAGACGCACCUGAGGUUGUGGUGCUGUUGGGCUGGGCCACGGGGAGCACAUGUGCACCACUGCCAUGGGUGCCAGAGUGUAGACAUAGGUGUGAAAAGAAACCUGAGGAGAGAGGGAGAGAACGAAGGGUGGGAAAUGUAAAAUUGUAUGAAUUCAAAGGUAUGGUCAGUGCUAAACUACCAAACCCUAUGAAAGGCCUGUAUCCAGCUUCAAUGACUGCGUUUUGCUGGUGUCAUUAUUUAUUUAAUUUUCUUUACCAGGAACUGAAUGCAACUGAUUUUGCUGCUAACUUGGCCUUAUUAUUAACAGCAAUAAAGGUGUUAGUCAGGUGGGGACUUCAAUGUGACCAAUAGCAUCACUCUUGCUUCAGGGAAUGUUCUUGUGCUGGCUUGUUAAUGAAUUUCUUUCCUAAUGAGUAUCAUUAAAAACCCUUUGAUUAGCUA